GACUCAUAUCUACACAACGACCCCAGGUAGGAUGCACCACUCCGGUCCCAACAUUAAAGUGGGCAUGUGAUCAAGAAUCCAUUACUAGAGAUACUCUUACACGGGUACUCAUCACAGCAAAAGGAAGCAGUACAGCUGUUCUUCAGGGCUGCACAAAGAUGCCGGGUUCAAAAUGGACUCUCUUAAUUGUCCUUUUCUCUCUCUGCAAGGUUUUGGUUUGUUUGCCGCCAGUAUUUGAUCGGAUAAAUCCAAUACAAGUACCAGAAAACACACCUGCAGGUACCGCUAUCGGUGUUCUGACUGUGAGAGAUGCAACCCCUUCCCACGUCACAGUGACAAUGUCAACGACAACACAACAAUACGUGUAUUUAAAUCAGCAUACCAGCAUCUCUGGCUUCUAUAACGCCAGUAUAGUUCUGCAGAGACAACUGGACUACGAAACAGAUGGAAGCUCGCUGAGACUGCUCUUUACAGCCACAAAUCCAUCAACUCCGGACGGAGUCCGUCAAAACAUGACCGUCAUCAUCGGAGACGUCAAUGACGUCCACCCACAGUUCCAGGGGCUGCCCUACUCCGUCUCUGUCCCAGAGAAUGAACCCAUCAACACUGUCAUCUUAAUAGCCAGAAGUACUGAUCCAGACACAGGGAUAGGGGGUUUAGUUGACUACACCAUGAAGACAUCAUAUGCGGAUUACAGAAGCAAGUUUAAUGUAUCCAGUACUGGGAAGGUGACUCUGAUUGGAGACCUGGACUACGAAACUCUCAGUUUCUAUCAGUUUACAAUCGUUGCCACUGAUGGAGGAGGCCUGACCAGCGAAGGCCCAGGUGUUUGUGACCGUAACAGAUGUCCAGGAUAGUCCACCAUACUUUACUGGCGGGGCCUUACUUACCUGAUAUCUGGGAGGACCAUGCUGUG